UGGCCGAAGUUGUAACAGCAACACUUAAUAACGGUUCCAAGAUGCCUGUAAUGGGCUUUGGUUUGGCCGCAGACAAUGUCAUGAUAACCAAGGGCUCUACACCACUCGAGCAUGUUAAGGCCUCAGUGCUUGCAGCCAUUCAGGUUGGUUAUCGAGCAUUUGAUACUGCAAGCUUGUACCUCACUGAAGGCGUAUUGGGAGAGUCCUUGAAAGAAGCCUUUGAAAUGGGGCUUGUAUCUCGCCAGGAAGUCUUUAUUUCCUCCAAGCUGUGGGGCACCGACUGCUAUCCUCAGGAUGUCAUUCCUGCUCUCAGAAAAAGCUUAGAGGCUUUGAAAUUAGAAUACUUGGAUUCGUAUCUGAUCCACUGGCCUUUCGCCCUCAAGAAGGGUACUAUGUAUCCUUUUCUAACACCAGAUGAUGUUGUAGCAAUAGAUAUUGAAGGGGUUUGGCGGGCAAUGGAGAGUUGUGUUGAACUUGGUCUCACAAGAGCAAUUGGAGUCGCUAACUUUUCCAUUUACAAGAUUAGCAAUAUUCUUGCGUUUGCGAAGAUUCCUCCAGCUGUAAAUCAGGUUGAGAUGCAUCCUGUCUGGCAGAAGAAGAAAUUGAGGGAGUAUUGCAAGAGUGUGAAUAUUCAUGUUUGUGCAUGGUCGCCAUUAGGAGGUCCAGGAAAUUCAUGGGGAUCGAACAGUACCUUAGAUAAUCCUGUAGUAAAAGAGAUUGCCGCUAAACAUGCAAAAACGCCUGCCCAGGUGGCAUUGCGCUGGGGAAUAGAAAAGGGUGUAACUGUUAUAACCAGGAGCUUCAAUCCUGUAAGAAUAUCAAAGAAUUUCCAAGUAUUUGAUUGGAAAUUGGAUGAAGAAGACCACCAAAAGAUCAACAGCAUAACACAGGAAUCGACAGAUCUGGUGAGGAACUUCUUUGUGAAUCCAAUAAAUGGACCUUUUAAAACAGUUGAGGAAUUUUGGGAUGAUGAACUCUGAGUAUCAAGAAAUAAAAUAUUAUUUGUACAACCAAAGCAGUAGAAUCAAUGUGUUAUUCUUUGCAGGCCCGGCAAAAUGAAUAAAAAGAAAGCUUGUUUGUAAUCAAUUUAUUGUGGAGUGGUAUUGUUUGUAGGAGUACGAAAGAUUUGAUUUUAUAAGUAAUUUUCUUUCCACAAAGAAUGUUAAACCUAGAACAAAACAAUUACAGAGAUUCAUCAAUG